AAGGCAAGAUGGCGGCGUCCGUGGGUCAACCGUGUCUGCGGUUACUGCGCGGAGUCGCCCCGUGGCGAAGCAGCCUCUGUCGCUGUGAAGACCCUACCAUGAGCCAUUUCCUGCAGUCCUUACAGAAAUUGCCUCUUCGAGCCUUUAACACAGAUGCCAGAAAACUUCACACUGCCCCUGCCCGAGCCUUGUUCCUGCUGCGUCCCCUGCCCAUUCUGUUGGUGUCAGGUGGCGGGUACAUAGGGUAUCGACAGUAUGAGAAGUACAGGGAGCGAGAGCUGGAGAAGCUGGGACUGGAGAUUCCACCCAAACUUGCUGGUCACUGGGAGGUAGGAAUAGGGUGGAAGCUCCUCAGGCUCUUAUCCUGCACAGCUGUCUGUUGCUGUUUAAAUUGCUCAAAGUUGAAAUGUCUGAACAAGUCAAUUUGCCUUCUUGGAGCUCAUGUCUACAGUGGGUUUUGGCCAGAUACAGGAGUCAUACGUUUGGCAUCAUGUCAAACUUCUUCUCUGUCCCAGACCUGGUCUUGAUCUCCCUGAAGGCUCUUGAGUAGAAAUCCUCAGAGCUCACACUUUACAUUGGUGUCAACAUUUGGUUGUCGUGCUGUUCUUGCCCAUUUGGUUUGAGAGGGUGAAACUGUUGGUUUUUGUGAUGUGGAUUAGUUCCCACCAGGAACCAGACUGCAAUAAUCAAAUUUAUUUAUCAUCCCUGCUCAGAAUAAUGCUCCCCAUUGAUUAUACUCCCAAGAUAGGGACAGGAUACACUGUUGCUGAGCCAUGUGUCAUCUGUAAUGAAGUAUCUUACUCAUCUGCAGUUGAUAAAUGUUGAAAUGUAACAUAAAGGUGCAAGUUUUAAAAUUACCUUCUCAACCAGUCCUUGGUGGCUUACACUUACAAUCUUGGCUACUUGGGAGGCUGAAAUUGAGAGGAACCUGGUUCAGUGCCAGCCUAGACAAUAGUUCAAGAGA